AUGUCCAGUGCUGGUGCCUGCAUGGAAGCUCUUGCAAAGUUCCACGAGUUUGCCAAGAAGACCAACUACCGCGAGCCCCACGAUGUUCUUAACAGCCCUCUGCAAUACGGAUAUAACACAAAGCUCGACUGCUUCAGCCACUUUGCCGCUAAUGCACCGUGCGAUAUGCAGUUUGCACAACACAUGGGCGCGUAUAGACAAGGCAGACCAAGCUGGAUGGAUAAGGGAUUCUACCCCGUAAAGGAGCGCCUUCUUGAUGGUUUCGACCACUCCGAAGAUGGAGUUCUUCUCGUUGAUGUCGGUGGUAGCUUUGGCCACGACAUUGACGAGUUUCGCAAGAAGUAUCCUAAGGCUCCUGGUAGGCUUGUCCUGCAGGAUCUGCCGAGCGUCAUCAACCAGAUCGACAAGUUGGAUAAGACGAUCGAGAGAAUGGGACAUGACUUUUUCGAUGAGCAACCAAUCAAGGGCGCGCGGGCUUAUUACAUGCAUUCCGUGCUCCACGACUGGCCAGACAUCAAAUGCGAAGAGAUCUUGGCAAGGACGACGGCUGCUAUGAAACACGGUUACAGCAGGUUGCUGGUCAACGAAAACUGCAUUCCGGAUACUGGCGCCGAUUAG